GCAAUUUUGAUACAAAUACCAAAAUACGUAAACUAUUGGUCAGCGUUGUUUUGCGCCAAUCGCUACCGAAUUUCCCUUUUGCACACUUUUAAACCCCACGUGUUUCCCACGCACGCGCCACCGUAUCCUCCUCCUCCUCCGCCGCCGCCGCCGCCAUGGAGAGGCUUAGCCACUCCUCCCCCAGCGCCGGCGACCUCUCCUCCAUCGCUAGCCGCCCCGUCAAAAUCAUCCAGCUCCAGCAUCCUACCUCCACCUCCUCCGCCGCCGCCGCGUCGCCGCCGUCGUCGUAUUUCUGGAAAUGGAGAGACAGGAUGAAGCGGAUGACCUGGACGGACUGGAUUGAGACAUUCCUGCCGUGCUACCGCUGGAUUAGCAGAUACAGGUGGCGCGAGUAUCUCCAGCCCGACCUCAUGGCCGGCGUCACCGUCGGCGUCAUGCUCGUUCCUCAGUCCAUGUCGUAUGCGAAGCUAGCUGGCCUUCACCCUAUAUAUGGACUUUACUCUGGUUUCGUGCCUAUAUUUGUGUAUGCUAUUUUCGGGUCAUCUCGUCAGCUGGCUAUUGGUCCUGUUGCAUUGACGUCCCUCCUGGUGUCUAAUGUGUUGGGGAGCAUAGUAAACCCGGAAGAGCCAUUGUACACAGAGCUUGCGAUACUGCUGGCACUUAUGGUCGGAAUCUUUGAAUGCAUCAUGGGGCUAUUAAGGCUCGGCUGGCUUCUUCGGUUCAUCAGCCAUUCUGUGAUUUCUGGUUUUACUACAGCCUCAGCCAUUAUAAUUGCGUUGUCUCAGGCAAAAGAUUUCUUGGGAUAUAGUGUUGUUCGAAGCAGUGAGAUUAUUCCACUGGUGAAGAGCAUUAUUGCAGGAGCAGAUCAGUUUUUGUGGCAACCUUUUCUCAUGGGCUCCAUUACAUUGGCAGUUCUUUUGAUCAUGAAACACUUGGGAAAAACUAGGAAAUCAUUGCGUUUCUUACGAGCUUCUGGUCCCCUUACAGCUGUUGUUCUGGGAACAGUUUUUGUUCAUGUAUUUCAUCCAGCUUCAAUAUCUUUGGUAGGUGAAAUACCACAGGGGCUGCCGGAAUUUUCGAUCCCAAAGAAAUUUGAGUAUGCUAAAUCUUUGAUUUCUACAACUGUUCUCAUUACUGGCGUGGCUAUUUUGGAAUCUGUCGGAAUCGCUAAAGCACUUGCAGCAAAGAAUGGUUAUGAAUUGGAUUCCAAUCAAGAGUUAUUUGGUCUUGGUGUUGCAAACAUUGUUGGUUCUUUCUUUUCGAUUUACCCUACAACUGGAUCAUUUUCCAGAUCAGCUGUGAAUCAUGAAAGUGGAGCCAAAACUGGCUUAUCUGGAGUCGUUAUGGGAAUUAUUAUGGGAUGUGCGCUUCAAUUCAUGACGCCAUUGUUUGAAUACAUACCGCAGUGUGGUCUAGCCGCCAUUGUCAUUUCUGCUGUUAUUGGACUGGUGGAUUAUGAUGAAGCUACCUUCUUAUGGCGGGUGGAUAAAAGAGACUUUAUCCUCUGGACCAUUACUUUCAUCUUCACCUUGUUCCUUGGCAUAGAGAUUGGCGUCCUUCUUGGUGUUGGUGUUUCACUUGCUUUUGUCAUCCAUGAAUCAGCUAAUCCACAUAUUGCUGUCUUGGGCCGUUUACCUGGUACAACUAUAUACAGAAACACAGAGCAGUAUCCCGAAGCUUAUACAUACAAUGGAAUUGUAAUUGUUCGCGUUGAUGCUCCAAUAUACUUUGCCAAUAUAAGCUACAUCAAAGACAGGCUCCGGGAAUAUGAGAUUGUAGUCGAUGGACCUAUUAGGCGAGGCCCAGAAGUACCAGGCAUCCAUUAUGUCAUUCUUGAGAUGGCUCCUGUGACAUACAUAGACUCGAGUGCUGUUCAAGCUCUAAAAGACUUAUACUACGAAUACAAAUCACGUAACAUCCAGAUAGCCAUUUCCAAUCCAAACCGAGACGUACUGCUGACACUGACAAAAGCUGAGGUGGUUGAUUUAAUAGGCCGAGAAUGGUUCUUUGUCCGUGUGCAUGAUGCAGUCCAAGUUUGUCUACAGAAGGUGCAAAGCUUGACCAAUUCUUCCACAAGUCAGUCCCCAUUGCUGGAGAAGAAAUCAAGCCUCUUCAAUCGACUACUGAAGCAGAGCUCAGAAGAAGCUGCUCUGUCUCAGCUGGAGUCUGGAACUCGGGAGAUUGCCUCGUCGAGAAACGACACCAGUCAUCUGGAGCCACUGCUGUCAAAGAAGACAUGAGAACAACAGUGAUGGUGCAUAUGUAUGUAAAAUUGUGUCCAUUUUUUUGCAUAUAGAGAUAUUGGUUUGGAUGUGUUUAUUUAUUUCUGCCUACUUUUCAACUAGGGAACUUCAAAUUUGUUGUAAUAUGGUGUCUGAAUAAAAAGUGUAAAGUAAAUCUUUUUACUGUA